AUGGCGAAACGGAUAUCUCACUUCGAGGCUUUUGAUCUCGCGCGUGCAGGGCAGGUAGAGGGAGUUCGAGGGACGCAAGGGAAGAUGGUUAGAGAUGGGAAUGUGAGAGGAGAUAAAAAGAGAAAAUCAAAACGAAGAUGGGAUUGGGAUUUAGAGAAAGGAGAUGCUGAGGCAAAAGAAGAAGAAGAAAACGAAUGGACGACGAAAGGGGAGAUGGCGAAGGGAUGGGAUUUUGAGGGAGAGGAGAUGAGGCAGGGAAGGAGAUUGGGGGUUGCGGAGGAGAGUAGGUGGUUACAUUGUGCGGGGAGGGAUGGAGAUGAUAAUCGGGAGGAUGGGAUGAGAUUUGGGAGUGAAGAUGGGGGAGAGGAUGGGAGGGAGGAGUGGUAUGAGAUUCAGAUGGAUAAGGAGCUUGAUGGUUGA